AUGCGAAUUCCGGUAACAGCCUCUUCGCGCACGCUUGCGCGCCCCUCUCUUUUACAUGCCCAACCCAUCCGUAGACGACACAUCACGACAGUAUCACGAAAGACAGUCGCCCAAUUUCUGGAGUGGAAACCAGACACCGAGGUCAAAGAUGUUGUCGUCAACGGAUACGUCCGAUCUGUCCGGAACAUGAAGACGGAGCGAUUCGUCAACAUUGGCGAUGGUUCUUCCCGGUCGCCUAUCCAGGCACUGGUGUCGAGGAGCCAUGACGAAAGCGCAAACUUGCGAGUCGGUGCUGCAGUCCGCCUACGAGGUGUCUGGACUCCCUCCAAAACUGAUGGUCAGAGUCACGAGUUAAAGGUCGAUCAUGUCGAGAUCCUAGGCCCCUCCGACGCAAAGACAUUCCCAAUUCAGAAGAAGUAUCAAACACCCGACUACCUUCGCACCAUGCCCCAUCUCCGACCCCGGAUACCGUUGAAUGCCGCUAUCUUACGAUUGAGAUCGGAGGCCGUCGCAUUGUUGACCCAGUUCUUCGCCUCUCGAGACUUCAUCCAGACUCAUCCGCCCAUUAUCACAUCUUCAGAUUGCGAAGGGGCAGGCGAGGUCUUCAACGUCCAUACGGGUUCCGCCGAGACACCCGCAAUUUCGACAACGGGCAAGGACAAGGCGGCAAACUUGUUCUUCCGCUCGCCCAAGUAUCUGACUGUGUCUACUCAGCUUCAUCUUGAAGCGUUAGCCCAGUCGUUGGGACACGUCUGGACAUUAUCACCGACCUUUCGAGCGGAGCGCAGCGACACCUCAAGACACAUGAGCGAGUUCUACAUGCUGGAGGCCGAGAUGAGCUUCGUUGACGAGCUGGACGAAGUCAUGAAUCUCGUUGAGGAUAUGCUCCGCAGCUUGGCUACUGGCUUAUAUCAAACCCGCACUGCGCAAGAACUGCGCCAACGACAAACCCCAGGAGAGAACCGCACAGCAGAGGAUGACCUAGUUCCCAUAGACGAAGUGGAGCGCCGUUGGUUGGGGAUGAUGCAGAAUCCAGCUUCCAGAUGGCCACGCAUCACGUAUGCGGAUGCAAUCAAACUUCUCAAGGCAGAAGAAGAUCAGUUUGAACUCAAGCCUACAUGGGAAAGCGGCCUGCAUUCUGAGCAUGAAAAGUUUCUUGCCAAGACUCUCGGUGCCACCAGCGAUUCCACCGCCUAUUCCCCCGUCUUCGUUACCCAUUACCCUCGGGAGAUUAAAGCAUUCUACAUGCGAAUAUCAGAUGCCGCAACUGCCGGUCCUCAUUUGCCGAGUGACACAGUCGAUUGCUUUGAUCUUUUGGUCCCCGAUUUGUGCGAGAUCGCCGGAGGCUCGAUGCGUGAGCAUCGCUUGACGGACCUGUUAGCGACUAUGACGGCUCGCGGCAUGGGCUCCCAAGCUAUUCGCGGACAGGCCGAAAACAGCGGCAGCGAUCUCGACUGGUACGUUGAUCUCCGUCGUUGGGGCUCCAACCCACAUGGCGGUUUUGGUCUGGGCUUCGACAGGUUGCUGAGUUAUCUUGUGGGAGUCCCUAACGUAAGGGACGUUGUGGCCUUUCCACGCUGGUUCGGCCGGUGCGACUGCUAA